GAAAUUUGCAUAAAAUGGAAAAUGUGCCGCACGUGCACUGCCGAUAGCAGUGACCAACUGCAGCCGCUAUUCAGUGAUCCCAAUUUAGCCAAGCAACUUGAGGAAUACGCUGGAAUUGUGGUGAAACCAGACGACGGUUUGCCGGACAAAAUAUGUAUGGAUUGUACAAAAUCUCUUCAAUCAGUUCAUGCGUUUCUCACAGGCUGCAGACGGUCCGACGCACAUCUAAGAAGUGUUGUACGUCGCACCAUGUCCUCGGGAAUAGGCUUUCCGAGUAACUCUAUGGAUCAGAGCGCAGUGAGUAGCAGUCUGAGCAAAAUUGAAAAGCAAGUACCCCGAACACGCAAACAAAACAUAUGUGCGAGAAAUCAACAGAUUAAGAAACUUGACUCGCAAGUGAAAAAUGUAUUGGCCGAACCUGAAAUUACUUAUACAGAUUUUAAGGUAGUACAUGAUCUUACUGACGUAGAGUCAAAUAGCACUUCAGAAAAUGGAAAUAAAAUGUUGAUUCCUGUGAAAUAUGGAAAGCCAACUGAAGGCAACAAAUCAUCAGGUGUGUCUGUACAGAAAGAUGAGAAUUAUUUACUUGUUGUAAGCAAAUGUGUUCUUGGCUUUGAUGAAGGAGAUGCAGAGACAGACACAGAAAGCAAUGAGUACAUCAUAACUGAUGUGGGUGAUAAUGGCACUGAAGAAGAUUAUGAUAACGGUUACACAGAGCCAGAUAGCUAUGCAGUCGUUGAAGCAGCACCUAUGGAGUCCACCUCGCAAUUUUCAAAUCAAGUUGUAGACAUUCGGUCAGAGCCGGAGGAAAAACCAGUGCUAAAGGGAGAAGAGCCAACUUCAACAGGAACUUCUCUUACUAUGGUUGACUUAGCUGCCGCGUGUGAGCCGUCAAAUUUCCCCAGACACAGCUGUGCCAUAUGUGGCAAUUCGUUUCCAAAUCAAACUCAGCUCAAGUCACAUCUGCGCACCCAUCGCAAUGAAAAGAAUUACGAAUGCGAGCUGUGCUCAAAGCGCUUCAACGCCGCUUGCAAUUUAACAACCCAUAUGCGAACCCACACGGGCGAAAAGCCCUUCGAAUGUUCGCACUGUAGUCGACGUUUCGCGGAUCGCAGCACCCAUCGCAAGCAUGAAAGAAUGCAUACAAAUGAACGACCUUAUGCCUGCAACAUGUGUACCAAAACCUUUUCGCUGUCAACUACAUUAAAAGCGCACUUCCUCUCUCAUUCGAAGGAAAAGCCACAUAAAUGCGUAACCUGCAACAAGGGAUUUCGUUUGCCGCAUCAGUUAAAGGCCCAUGAACGAACGCACGUUCAUCGUUAUGAGGUUGGCAUAAUGUUGUACAAUCAGGACGAGGGCGACUAUUCGAGCAGUUAAUUGCUUUUAUUCCUAUUAUCUAUCGUUCAUUUUGAAAUAAUGUGCUCCUAUGGAAGCCUUUCUAAUUUUCUUUUUUGUUAAAUCAUGAAAUUGGAUAUUCGAAAAAGAUUUAAUAUAACAUAUUGAAUAAA